AUGUGCUACUAUGGGCCAUGGCCCAAAAUCUGUGGCCUGGCCAAGGUCGAUCUGGUGUGGCGUCGAGGAGAUUCGAACGUGGUAAGUUUUGUGGCGAAUGGCGAGGAGGAAGAUGAUGGAUACAUCAUCUUAAGCUACGUCCAUGAUGAGAAAAAUGGUGUCUCGGAGCUUUUGGUCAUGGAUGCCAAAUCGCCCACACUUGAGAUAGUGGCUUCUAUAGAGCUGCCUGCUGGAGUUCCAUAUGGAUUCCAUGGGAUCUUUAUAAAUGCCAAUCAAAUAGCCAACCAAAACCAUGCCACCGUCUAA